AUGUCGAAAAAAAUUGAGGAAGGAAGUAGUGAUUCAGAUGAUGAUGAUGAGGAAUAUCAACCAACUGAUUCCGAUAACGAUAUUGAGGAGGGCGUACAAGACGGUGAUAAUACCAAAAAUGUCGUGCAGAAACGAAUAGACUCAGAGAACAUCAGUAACACAACAGAAACAGAAGAUGAACGACAAAAAAGAUUGGAGCUGAUGUUUUGUGAGUUCAUUGGUGGGGACCAUGAUGAGCCAAAAUUGUGCAAUAACAUGCCUUUAUCGACGGCGUCAUCUAAUUCUGAGUUGGAGUCAGCAGCCGAAAAAAAAAUAUCAGAGUCGGUUUGUGACUCAAUGGAUGAUAUUUUUGGUCCAAAAUGUGAUGACAGUAAUAUCCUUUUAAAUGUCGUACAGUCCUGUGAUGAUAGUGAGAUGCAACAAUCGGUACCUGUGAAAAGCAGAAAGAGGAAACCCUCCACUGGUUUAGUAACUACAAUAAAUGCUUUGUCUAAAAAAUCAAAGAGAAGUAUACUGGAAACGACAGCAAAAGAUUGGGGAGCUUUUAAGGUUGAAACAGGCAUUCAGGACGAGUUAACCACCCAUAACCGUGGAAAACAAGGAUACAUUGACCGCAUAGAAUUUCUAACUCGAACGGAUUAUCGACAGUUUGAGAUGGAACGUGCUGCUCGUGACGCUACUCGCAACAAAAAGUGA